GGCGUGUAUUUGGAACAUCGCUGUGGCAAGGAACUGGCCAUUAACAUCGUACUGACCAUGUGCGGAGUCCUACCUGGAAUAGUACACGCGUUAGCAAAUAUAAGUCAGUCACAGCAAACAAUUUUUAGCAACAUCAAACAACCAACAAUGUCACACCCAAAUCCCUGCUUCAGUGUCAAUACAGCGCUGGAAACAUCUAAAUUAAUCUUGGACAUCAUUAUGCCACCAGUGGGCGUAGGUUUGGAAAAGGGCUGUGGCAAGGAUCUGGCCAUUAACAUCGUGUUGACCAUGUGCGGAGUCGUACCUGGAAUGGUACACGCAUUAUUUUAA